CCGAAGCUUCGCGCGGGGUUGUCUCCUCACCAGACUAUGAGCUCCUUGACAGAAGAAAUCGUAUCUUACUCAUCUUUGUAUCCUCAGUGUCUGGCACAGUUCUUGAUACACAUCAUGGAAUCAUGGCAUUUUCAAAGGAAAUUAGAAGUGAAAAAUGAGACCAUGGUUACCACCAAACAAACAAAACCCAUUUUCCUUCUUUGCUAGUAGGAUUGGGAGACUUCCUUGGUGACAAAGUGCUAAGUACUGAUAAUCGAGGUCAAUUUUGGGACAUGGCCACUGCUUCACCAAGGUCUGAUACUAGUGAUAACCACAGUGGAAGGUUACAGUUAAAGGUAACUGUUUCUAGUGCCAAACUAAAAAGAAAAAAAAACUGGUUUGGAACGGCAAUAUAUACUGAAGUCAUCGUAGAUGGAGAAAGUAAGAAAACAGCAAAAUCCAGUAGUUCUUCCAAUCCCAAAUGGGAUGAACAGAUGAUUGUAAAUGUGACCCCACAGACCACCUUGGAGUUUCGAAUUUGGAGUCACCACACUUUAAAAGCAGAUGCUCUGUUAGGAAGAGCAACAGUGGACUUGAAACAAGUGCUGUUAACACACAACAGGAAAUUAGAAAAAGUGAAAGAAAUAUUAAAACUUUCUUUGGAAAACAAGAAUGGCAUAGUUCAAACUGGUGAAUUAACAGUUGUGCUUGAUGGAUUAGUGAUUGAGCAAGAAAAUCUAACAAACCACAACUCCCCUCCAACCAUAGAAAUCCAGCAGAAUGGUGAUGCUGUGCAUGAGAAUGCAGACCCCUCGACAAGGACAUCUGCCGGGUUGGCUGUUGAAGGUACUAUUGGAAUAGAUAAUCAUGUACCAACAAAUACUGUUGUUUCCAACUCAUGCUGUUCACAUGUAGUUAAUGGAGAAAACACACCUUCAUCCCCGUCUCAGGUUGCUGCCAGACCCAAAAAUACUCCAGCUCCAAAACCACUCACGUCUGAGCCCACCAGUGAUACAGUUAAUGGAGAAUCAUCUUCAUCUGUCUUAGCUGAUAAUACUUCCACCAUGGGUACUCCACUACCAUCUGAAGAAACCACCUCGACUUCCCAUUGCACUAGCACCACCAUUCAGGAGCCUCCUGUCCAAGGACCCCCGGCAUCCUCAGAACACAGUGAAUGUAUUCCCUCUACCAGUGCCGAAGUGGGACCAGAAGCUCAGAGCCUCAUAGACCCUGAUUCUGAUUCCAGAAAUGAUUCUGUUUUUGACAAAUUAAGGCAGCCAGAAGGGUUUGCGGAACCUCUGAGGCCACGGUCUAGAAAUGCAAAUAAUGAAUCUUUGCCAUCAGGGUGGGAACAGAGAAAAGAUCCUCAUGGUAGAACCUAUUAUGUGGAUCAUAACACUAGAACUACCACAUGGGAGAGACCACAGCCUUUGCCUCCAGGUUGGGAAAGAAGAGUUGAUGAUCGUGGAAGAGUUUAUUAUGUGGAUCAUAACACCAGAACAACAACCUGGCAGCGGCCUACCAUGGAAUCUGUUCGAAAUUUUGAACAGUGGCAAUCUCAGCGGAAUCAAUUGCAGGGAGCUAUGCAACAAUUCAACCAACGAUACCUCUAUUCGGCUUCAAUGUUAGCUGCAGAAAAUGAUCCAUAUGGACCUUUACCACCAGGCUGGGAAAAAAGAGUAGAUUCAACAGACAGAGUUUACUUUGUGAAUCAUAAUACAAAAACAACCCAAUGGGAAGACCCAAGAACUCAAGGCUUACCAAAUGAAGAGCCCCUGCCAGAAGGCUGGGAGAUCAGGUAUACUCGAGAAGGUGUUAGGUACUUUGUGGAUCAUAACACAAGAACAACAACAUUCAAAGAUCCUCGCAAUGGGAAGUCGUCUGUAGCUAAAGGCGGUCCACAGAUUGCUUAUGAACGCAGCUUUAGGUGGAAACUUGCUCAUUUCCGUUACUUGUGCCAGUCUAAUGCACUACCUAGUCACGUAAAGAUCAAUGUGUCCCGUCAGACUUUAUUUGAAGAUUCCUUCCAACAGAUUAUGGCAUUGAAACCGUAUGACUUAAGGAGGCGAUUAUAUGUAAUAUUUAGAGGAGAAGAAGGCCUUGAUUAUGGUGGUCUUGCAAGAGAAUGGUUUUUCUUGCUUUCCCAUGAAGUUUUGAACCCAAUGUAUUGCUUAUUUGAGUAUGCAGGCAAGAAUAACUAUUGUUUACAGAUAAAUCCAGCAUCAACCAUAAAUCCUGAUCAUCUUUCAUACUUCUGUUUUAUUGGUCGCUUUAUUGCAAUGGCACUAUUCCAUGGGAAGUUUAUUGAUACUGGAUUCUCUUUACCAUUCUACAAACGUAUGCUAAGUAAAAAACUCACUAUUAAGGAUUUGGAAUCUAUUGAUACUGAAUUUUAUAACUCCCUUAUCUGGAUAAGAGACAACAAUAUUGAAGAAUGUGGCUUAGAAAUGUAUUUUUCUGUCGACAUGGAGAUUCUGGGAAAAGUUACUUCUCAUGACCUGAAGUUGGGAGGUUCCAAUAUCCUGGUGACUGAAGAAAACAAAGAUGAAUAUAUUGGUUUAAUGACAGAAUGGCGUUUUUCUCGUGGAGUUCAAGAACAGACCAAAGCUUUCCUUGAUGGGUUUAAUGAAGUUGUUCCCCUUCAGUGGCUACAAUACUUUGAUGAAAAAGAAUUGGAGGUUAUGCUGUGUGGCAUGCAAGAGGUUGACUUGGCAGACUGGCAGAGAAACACUGUGUACCGACAUUAUACAAGAAACAGCAAGCAAAUUAUUUGGUUUUGGCAGUUUGUGAAAGAGACUGAUAAUGAAGUAAGAAUGCGACUCUUGCAGUUUGUCACUGGAACCUGCCGAUUACCUCUAGGAGGAUUUGCUGAGCUCAUGGGAAGUAAUGGGCCUCAAAAGUUUUGUAUUGAAAAAGUUGGCAAAGACACCUGGUUACCAAGAAGUCAUACAUGUUUUAAUCGCUUGGAUCUACCACCAUAUAAGAGUUAUGAACAACUAAAGGAAAAACUUCUUUUUGCAAUAGAAGAGACAGAGGGAUUUGGACAAGAAUGAAUGUGGCUUCUUGUCUUGGAGGAGCUCUUGCAUUAAAUACCCCAGCUGAGAAAAAUUGCACAGAUAGUGUAUAUAAGCUGUUCAUUCUGUACAGUUAAUUUUCUGAAUCUUUGAAAGUAUGUUUUCCGUUCUUCCACAGAAAUAUGCAAAACAUUUCAUCAUUUUCUACUUUAUUUAUUGUUCCCUUGAAAUGACUGACCAGGAAAAAGAUCAUCUUUAAAUUUUGAAGCAAGCAAGAGAAUUUAUUAAGAAGUAUAUAUAUCUAUAUAAGCAUAUGACAGUGGCUCUAGUUUUAUAGAGCGCCGGGUGUAUUAAACAUGGCAAUCGUUCAUUCAUAAAGCUCUGAAUUUGCUUUGCUAUGUUUCUAUUAUCCAGGGGAAAAGUGCAAAUGUUCCAUGUUCUUCUUCCAAGGUGAUAUCUGAUUGUGUUUACUUGCAUGACUGUUCAGGAAGGUAUUUAGGACUAGACCAACUCUUACUUUAAGUGUAUUUUAAAAUGCUGCUGGCUUUUUUGAAGACUAUACUUCAAUGUACUGAGUUCUAAAUGAACAGAUGAAAAAAUUCCAUCAUUAUUAUAUCAGUAAACACAGAAGUCAUGUAAUAGAUUCAGUAGUGUCUAAGAGCAGCUAGAAUUGAUUUGCCAAGCAGCAGAGGUCUAUUUACAUGUUACUUUAGGAUGCUGGAUAUUUAUGGAAUUUCAGAGAAUCAGGCAUUUCUGUACUUACCUUGUAAUGUGCUUCAAAUUUAAUUAAUAAUAAAUUGAUAGUUUAAUACUUAGGAAUAUAUAAAAGGUACUGAACUUUGAUGCUUUUGUGCUCAAGGUUUAAAGAAAUUAGAGAUAUAAUUAAAUGGAUCAAAAAGUUGCAUAUUUAAACACUCAUACUAAGAACUAUUAGUGUUUGAAUAUCCCCUUUCCUUUAAAAUUCAUGAAAAUUGUUUCUAAAUUUAGUAGGUACUUUAAGAAAUCCUUUGUGCUCCCCACCCCCAAUUUUAUAUAGUUCAAGUUUUUUCCAAAUAACACUGAUUUUCAUUAUAAGGGCAUUCAUGGUAUAUGAAAAAAAUUAAAAUCUAAUGUGAAUUAUAUUGCUACUUUUAGCAACUGGGCUUCCUGAUUAAUAUAACAAUUUUCCAUUUUUAUCCUUUCACUGUGCACUGCAAAGUUCAUUAGCUUAAAAUUUUGUAACUAUGAAAUUCACUUAGAAUUAAAACUUCUACUCACUAGUUUAGUUUUGCCAAGAUUUUAUUUUUCUACAUAUUUAGAUUAUGUUCUUCAAUUUUAUUCAAAAUUCAAAAAAAAUAAAAGCAGUAAUUCACUUAGUUGAAUAAACUACAGAAAAUCUGGUUCAAGCUUAAAGAAUUUUUUAAAUUCUAAUAUAUGGCAAGUUAAAUAGUAGAGGAUGACCAGUCUUCAAAGGUACUGCAUAAAUUAUUCUGUAAAAUAAUAAACUUGCUAUGACUGAAAGUAUUGGCUUUCUUUCAGUGGAGGUAUUUGAGACUAUUCAUUUUGCAGAUGUGGUUCAAGUUGGCUUUCAGGGACUGGUCCUUUUUGUUAAGUUACCAUCACACUGGUUUCCUGGUUUGCAGACCUCAUCAGGCUCUUCUGUCUUUCAUACCCAGUUCUAUUGUUAAGACAUACAGAUUUGUCUUUUUAGUAGUGAACAUAAAAAAUUAGAGAUGUGGUUCACCUCAUACCUUCCCUCCUUCCCAUCCUGCUCUGAAUUGGACCCACUACACAGUCAUGAGAAAAUGAGAGAUGAGAGACUCAAAGACAGAUUAAUGAUACUUUAUAAUAGUGACAGUUCCUAACAUCACCAGUAAAUUGAUCUAGGGAAUGGGUCAUAGGCUUAAAGCAAUUUUACCAGUCAACUCAGCCAUCUAUCUUUGGGGAAAGAAAUUGUGUUUUUUUUUUUUUUGUUUUGUUUUGUCUUUUCUCUUUGUUUUUCUGUAUUUCCUGGGCAGUUGGAAAUGAAAAUGUAAUUGUUUCAUCCAGCUGACUUCAACCAUUCACAUACUUCUCCUAAAAACUAAAUAAGGUAUUACAUAUCUACUCCAUUGCCGGACAACAUUGCUUUUGUUUGGGGUUAAAAAACAAAAAACAAAACAAAACAAAAAAACCCUAACUAGCAAGCUGCUUCUGAACUGAGAAAGCUCCUGAUGUUAUAUACUAGGGAGUGAGAACUGGAUUUCCCUGAAUCUGAACUCUUUUAAUUGCGUGCCCUGGGCUGUCACUUUAGGAGACUCUGGUUCUUAGAGAAGCACAUAGAUGCUCUUGCUACAUUAUUUUUACAUGUUCAUUUUCUGAAACAAGGCCUAACUUUGACCUGCAGCUAGUCAUGUUUCCUGCACUGCAGUAUUCUGAGUAAACUGAUGCCAAAGAAAUAUACUUUAUUGUAGGCUUAUAAAUCUUAAUAUUUAAUUAAACAUUAACAUGAUCUAGUAAGUACUGGAGAAGCCAAACAGAUCAUUUGUUGAAAGGUGAAAUAAAAGUUCUCCCGUAACAUAACCUACUUCUUAAUCUAUUGAACAUAGAAAUCAAGUUUAAAGUCAACUGAGAAUUUGAAAUAAAUCUAAAAGUGCUAAUUCCUAAAUUUUAAAUGCUCCAAAAUUCAACCAAGGAAAUGCAAUUAAAAUGAUGAUAGUAUUUCCUUUAAAGUACUAAUUUUAUGUCUUUCUCAUGAACAUUCUCUUGGUCCUUGUGAUUAACUUGGUGUUUUGUUUUCAUUAUGCCUUUCUAAGAUAAGACAAAUUGAAAAACUAUUUUGUAGCAUCCAUUGCCUGUUGAUGGUCCACUCUGGGAAUAUUUUGUCAUCAAGAAGUGAAAAUAGGUUCGCUGCCAUAUAUGAGAGAAAGGGAGACCAAAUACCAAACAGACCCCCCCCAGCUUUCCCCUGGUGUGCUCAGAGGCCUAGGCUCCCCUACCCACUGUACUAUCAAUAAACAAAUUCAAAUUCACGUUUCAUACAAUCCUCAAAGGGAGGGGACACUUAAGGAGAGGAAAUCACCCAUUGCCUGUGUCUGUAGUAUGCAGAUAGAAUACUACAAACUAAUAUGUGCAUAGGGAUAUUCACCUUUUUAAACAAAGUGAGGUCUAGAAUGCACACAGAAAUAGUCAGAUGGAAGUUGUACAGGAAGGAGAAAUACUGGCAUUGAAGGGUGCAUUCUCUGAGGAGUGGUCUUACCUUUGGGCACACAUCAAGAACCAAGAUGAUACCUUACGAAUAGCUCCUGGGAAAACAGUAAUUUAGAAAAUACAUAGAAUCUCAUAUCCACCUGGUCAUUCAUCCCAUGAAGGAAAAUAUGUAUACAUAAAAACAUAGGUUGUAACAGCUUUAAAUUUUUUCUAGUGUAUAUUCACUAUACAAAAUAACAUGUUUCAUUGUGACAUUUUCAUAGGUGCUCUGACAUGUCCAGCCAACCAUUACAUCCUUCCUCUUUUUGAGUAAUCUGCCUUCUACUUUCACGUCAUUUUUUUUGGUUUGUUUGUUUGCUUAAUUUGAAUCUACAUGCAGUAUCCACCUGAGUUUCUAUUGGUUUAACAAGAUCAUCUUCAGUUCCAUCCUCUUGGCUACAAAUGAAGUAAUUUCAUUUUUUAUGGCUGAAUAAAACUGAUUUGUUAAUAUA